GUAUACCUAUUUAUAUUCCAUCAGACUAUCCCAUCAUUACAUAUGAGAUAGGAUAUCAUGCCUUAGAGUCUGGUAACUGUUCAAUGGUAUAUGAUGAUGACAUUACCCCUCAAGUAUUGAAUCUAUUUAAUGUAUCUAGUAACAAUACAUUUACUACCAUCACUGGUCUGAAUAGUAAUACCUGUUACAUUCUUGGUGUACAUGCAUACUCUGAUAAUGGAUACGGGGCAUGGACAGUUACUAUUAAUGAGACUCUAGAACUAACAGAAUCAUCAUCUGUACUAAUGUCACCAUCAUCUGCACAAAUAUCGUUAUUUACAAUAGCAUCAUCGUCAACCACAAAACAGUUAUUUUCUACAGUAAUAUCACCAUCAUCUACUGUAAAGUCUUUAUCAUCAUCAGUAAUACCAACAUCAGUGGCUGCUACUAUAAAGCCUGAAAGUACUUCAUUCAUUGUUACUAUUGGAGGCUCAGGGAUUACUGUAAUAAUAAUAGCACUAUUGAUUGUGUUGAUUGUUAUAAUUAUAGCUUUUAUAAAAAAAAAGAAGUCAUUGAAAAUUAGCAAAUACAAUGUUAACAUAGCUAUGUCAGAAAUACAAGAUAAUGAGAGCCUAACCAAAAAUGAUGAAGAAAAAUAUUGUGAAAUAAAUAAAGAAGAGCCAAGUAAAGAGUAUCAAUUGAAUAAAUAG